AUGGGUGACUAUGAUAAAAUCAUUGGUAUGUUCAAGUUGACUGUUCUUGCGAAGUUGGCUCUUCCACUAACUGUGGUUGUUACGUUGCUAGGUGUCCUACUCAUAGGCCUGUUCUUCAAUACGUAUCUUUACGGCCUUGUCACAUACCAGUUCAUAGUAUAUCACAACACAAAGUUUAACGAUAGGCUAUGGAUCAGGGCGGUCGUUGGAGGUCUCUUCGUGUUGGAUACGGUACAUAGUAUAGUAGCCGUUUACGCCGGUUGGGACAUGUGCGUCACAAACUACAACAAUCCGGCUAGUUUGCUAUUUGUUCCCUGGACUAUUCCUUUUACAGCGGUAGCCACAUCGAUUGCAGCCUUUGUUACCCAAGGAUUCCUAGGCCAUCGCGUUUACAUUCUGACCAAGAGCAAGUACCUAUUAGCAUUUAUUUGGGCGCUGAGCUCCAUUGGCCUCAUUUUUGGAUUCUACUCUGGAAUCUAUUCUGGGAUUCUGGGAGUAGUCAGCAAAUUUGGCCCAUUGACCCCUUUUGUCACGCUUUGGCUAGCCUCUCAGACCGCUGCAGAUCUUACUAUCACAGGUGUUCUCAUAUAUGUGCUAAGUCGCUCCCGCACAGGAUUUAGAAGAACCGACACAAUUAUUAGACGUCUAAUGAGAGGCGCCAUACAAACAGGACUCUUUGUUUCCAUAUUUGCUCUUGGGGAUCUGUUCAGCUUCUUGCUUCUUCGUAAAACAACUAAUCUAUAUGCAAUGUUUGCAUAUCCGAUUGGACGCAUCUAUACAAACACACUUCUCGACACCCUGAAUGCGCGGACAUCGCUGAAAUCAACGAACAACUCCAAUGCAGAGACCGCUGAUACAUACAGGCUACAGAAUCACUCCACGAUUCCGGGACAUGCAACGUAUUCAGUCAAUGUUCAAAAGGAAGUUAUUACCGAUCUUCCAGACCGCGAACAUGAUUAUGAUGCCAAUCCCCCAACCAACGUUCAUACUGGGUCGUCUGAACCAUCCGAACCUCCUAGUUUCGAUUUGUUUUCUUUCCAUAAUCGCCCUUCUGCUCGGCCUUCUGACGACACAGUGAGCCCAGAGACUCCUUGGCCUCAUUCCGGACCGAAGAGCAAUACCCAGGGUAUGCUGUCAAGUAUGAUGAAUUUCUAUACUAUGGCCAAAUCGAGCAGGGCACACGACGACAACGCCAUGCGAUCGACAUUCUCAGACUCUGACUACGAGGAUAGACCUGGACUCCGACGGGACGACUCUGAAUAUUCGCAGUGCUCAAUUGGCUCUGAUAUUCUCGAACCUGAUGAUCCUAGAGUAACUGGCAAAAAAUUAUCUCAGAUUCACGACCAAGGCGAUCUUGAGAAGAAUACUUUGCGCCAAAUGGACUAUAAAACUCGGCGCAAGCACAUUCAGCGCAUUCGCAUCGAGUUCAAUGUAUCUUCCAUGAAAAACAGGCAUGAAUUCUUGCUGAAGCUUGCUCGGGCAUUGAUGACUUUUGGGGCGCCUUCACACAGGAUCGAGUCCCAGCUGAUCGCAGCUGCCAGAAUCUUGGAGGUUGAAGCAGAAUUUAUUCAUUUACCUGGUAUCAUCAUUUCUUCGUUUGGUGAUCAGGACCUUGGGUGUUCUGAGACUCAUUUUGUGAAAUGCGGUGGAAGGCUCUCCCUUGGGGCUCUUCACAAAGUUCACCUGAUAUAUCGCUCUGUGGUACAUGACGAGAUAAGUGCAAAGCAGGCUACUGAACAAUUAGAGGCACUGUUGUCCGCCCCGCCACCGUAUUCCAAGGUCUUUCGUUGCUUCCUAGCUUUUUGUCUCGCGGCGUUGAUCUGCCCACUUGCCUUUGGGGGAUCUUUCGUUGACAUGUGGAUAGCAGGUUUGGCAGCCUUUUUUCUGUCCUAUUUACAGCUUCAGGUAGCACAGAAAAGUGCAUUGUAUGCAAAUGUAUUUGAGAUUACAAUAUCGAUUAUCGUCUCAUUCAUUGCAAGAGGGCUCAGCAGCAUCCGAAGCCAGAUAUUCUGCUAUACCGCUAUAUCUUCCUCUGGCAUCAUUGGUAUUUUGCCUGGUUACCUUAUAUUGAGCAGUUCUCUUGAGCUGGCUUCAAAGAACAUCGUAUGUGGGAGCGUCAAAAUGGUAUACGCGUUGAUAUACACGCUGUUUCUUGGCUUCGGUUUACAAAUAGGAAAUGAUUUUUACCUCUUGUUCGAUCCCACUGCUCGUCGCCAUCUUGAUGAACUUGCCGCAAAUCUUAGCUCCACUGUUGUGUUGACCGGAUCCUGGCUCUCCGACAAUAUCACUGACGGUUCUGCGAUUCCUCUGAACGGAACUUGGACGUUCUCCCAUACGGUUAUGCCCCAAGAACAGGACAUUUAUGAAGGAUGCUAUCGACCGAAACGAUUCCCUUGGUACCUUCAACCAUUUCCAUUUUGGACGUCAUUUCUCAUCGUCCCUUUGUUUUCUACAAUCUCUUCCCUUGCCAACUUGCAGCCAUUAUGGACUAUUGGCGCAUUCACGGUGGGGCUGCUCGGCAACAUAUAUUCUCGUCGAAUGGGGGGAACUGCCUUCACGUCCAUGGUAACAGGAGUCCUUUUUCUAGUUCCAUCGGGAUUGUCCCAAGCAGGAGGCAUCACUGCCAAUGGAAACGGGAUCGACAUUGGGGGGGCCAUGAUUGCUGUGACAAUUGGGAUCACUGUAGGACUUUUCAUGAGCCAGGCAUUGGUGUACACCUUUGGAUCCCGGAAAAACGCUGCAGUCUUCUCUUUCUAA